GCUGCUGUGAGGAAGUGGGUUGGGUAUAGACCUUAAAAGGUGGAAUGACUUUCAUGGAGGAGGUUGUAUAGAUUCAUUUUUGGUUUAAUGUGCUGUUUAUGUGCUUUAUGGGAUGGUCGUUGAAAUUAAUCUACAGCACGUUUGGAACCAUGAUUAGUCAACACGUCAUUGUUUUCCUGAUCCUGGUGCUGGUAUGGUGUCCGCAAGUAUCUGGUGAAGAUGCGUGUCCCUGUGUGACUGGCUCCAACUGCCCCGAGAAUUGUACCUUAGUGAAUAUAGCCCCACAAGCAACGAGUAACUUUACAUCUGGGGACAACAGUAACUACACCAUCACCGGCCAGGCAGCCUGGGUUACUGACGGUGUGACGUCAGGGCCGUGUGCAUCAGUCUCGUCCAUAUAUCCCGCAUGGAAGGCUGAGUUUGGACAGAACAGGACAGUCAGCGGGAUCAAGAUAUUCUGGGAAGGUCAAAAAGAUGACAUAACUGUGACUGUAGAUGGCAAAAUAUGUCACGCCCAGGACUCCAACUACACAUGGAUGUCAGAAUACACCCUGGUCUGUGGUGCACCAGUGACGGGAAGCAACCUCCUGAUGUAUCGCCAACCUACAGUAGGGAUGCUGAAUCUGAGUCUCUGUGAGGUGGAAAUAUAUGCUUUGUCGGAAGUAACAUCCUCUUCUAUGUCUACCGCUACAACUACUCCCACACCAACAACAUUGUCUACAACAUUAGUGCCUACCCCAUCGGUUGAAUCAUCGACAGAAAGUACAGUAACAACGACCACACCCAUAACAAGCUUCGUCUCCCCUACCGCUACACCUAUUCCAGCAUCAGCAUCAACGACGCCACAUGAUGGCCCCACUCCUUCAUCCGAUGAAAAUACAGCAACAUCCACGACAUUACCUACAACCUCAGUGACUACCCCAUCGAUAGCAUCCUCGACAGUGAUUACAGAAACAACGACCACACACACAACAAGCCUCGUCUCCCCUACCGUUACACCUAUUUCAGCAUCAUCAUCAAAGACGCCACGUGCUGAACCCACGCCUCCAUCCGGUGCAAGUACAGGGACGACGAUAGGUGCAAUAGUGGGAGUGGUCGUGCUGCUGAUGAUAAUCAUAGUACUGGCAGUUGUUUGCAGAAAAAGGAUUAAGGAAAAAUACAACCCCUUGGAUGCAGAGGCAAAAGAGGCCGGCAAGAAUCAAGCAAUUGUGAUCGACGAAGUCGACCAACCGAAUUCCACUGUAUUUGAUCUUAAUGAGUACCGAAGUGUGGAGCUUCCUGCUGACCCGGAAGCAGAACUUGCGUCUAUCACUGGAACCUCCAAGAGUCAUAUCCCAAGUGCUGUUAGUGUGACGGAUCUCCCAAACUACAUCAGUGAGAGGCUAGAUUCCAUAAUCAGUACAGAGUACUCGAUGAUGCCGGCCGGUCUAAGAAACACUCAUACCUAUGUGACGGCAACAACGGAGGGGAACCUGCACAAGAACCGUUACAAGAACCUUUUUGCAUAUGACGAUUCACUGGUGCCUCUGCAGAAGGAAGGUAGAGCAGAUUACAUCAACGCAUCCUACAUACACGGUUUUAAAAGUCCGCUGAAAUUUAUAGCUACGCAAGGUCCUAUGAAUUCGACAGUCGUCGAUUUCUGGCGCAUGGUCUGGCAGGAAGGAUCCCGUGAGAUCGUCAUGCUCACCAAUCUCUUGGAACAAGGCGUGCACAAGUGCCAAUUGUAUUGGCUAGCAAAAGGACAACGCGGGAGUUAUGGCAACAUCAACGUGACACAGGAGAAGGCUAUAGAACUGGCUCACUACACAGUCCGUAUCUUCUCGUUGCACCACCGUAAGGACGACACUCGACGUGAGGUGACCCAGUACCACUUCACCUCGUGGCCAGACCAUGGAGUUCCUACAGCGCCCUCUCUCGUCAGUUUCUGGAGACACGUCAAGACACGCAGUCAUCCAAAUGACGGACAAGCUGGACCAAUAAUUGUACACUGCAGUGCUGGAGUCGGUCGGACAGGGACCUACAUCGGUCUUGACAUUCUGAUGAAUGAGGCGCUAGUGGAGGAGAAACUGAACUUCUUCAUGACUGUCCUCAACAUGAGGGAACAUAGGCUGAACAUGGUCCAGACACAGGGACAGUAUAAAUUCCUCCACUGGGCUGUUCUUGAGGCACUCCUCUGCAGGAAUACGCCGGUGAUGGCCAGUGAACUGCCAUCUAUGUUGGAUCCAGACAACAAUGAAAUUCAGGAAGAAUACAAGAAUUUGGAAGUGAUGAUGUCUCUCCAGGGAGACCAGAAGGCUGAUGGAAAGCCAGAUCUCACACAAACAGAUGGUGAUGACCUAUUCAAUCCGAAUACAACAUCUCUGCCGUCGUAUCACAACAAGAAGGGUUUCCUCCAUAUAGGACUAGUUAAGGAACCUUCUCCCGAAGAACUCUGGCGCGUGAUAUGCAGGAACAAUACUGUUACCAUCAUCACCAUCAACCAGACAUCCUCUGAUGCCACGCCAAAGGAUGUAGGAACAUCGUUGACAUUAGGAGAGUUUCAAGUGACCUUGACCUCUGCCGAAGACGUUUCUAAAGGUGUGACUGAGAAGAAGCUGACGGUCAAAUCAGAGACAAUGCAGCCAUUUGGGGACAGUGGAUCGGGUGUGACGUCUAUCACCAUGUACAAUCUCAACUCCCCAUCUACAGAACGUUACUUCGACAAGGCCCAACUGUUGGUUCUCAUAGAGCUUCUGACUGAACGUCAACAUAUCCUUGGGCGCCAUCCGGUUAUCCUUCAGUGUCGAGAAGAUCCGAGGAAGUGCAGCCUGUUUGCCGCUGCAGUCAAUGUUGUGAGCAGUCUGAGACUUGAAAAGGAAGUGGACAUCUACUUGACUGUCCGGGAGAUACAGUGUAGAAAUGGGCAGCCCGUUGCCUCGCUGGAGGACUACAGAUACCUGUACGAGUUAGCCAGUCACCAGCUGCAGUCUACAAACCCCUUCACAAACACGUCUGGAACCAUGAUUACUCAACAUGCCAUUGUUUACCUGAUUCUGAUGCUGGUAUGGAGGCCGCAAGUUUCUGGUGAAGACGCUUGUCUCUGUGUGACUGGCUCCAACUGCCCCGGGGACUGUAACCUAGUGAAUAUAGCCCCACAAGCAAGGAGUACCUUUACAUCUAGGGACAACAGUACCUACACCAUCACCGGCCAGGCAACCUGGGUUACUGAUGGUGUGACGUCACGGCGGUGUUCAUCAGUCUCGUCCAUAUCUCCGGCAUGGGAGGCUGAGUUUGGACAGAACAGGACAAUCAGCAGGAUCAAGAUAUUCUGGGAAGGUCCACAGAAUGAUGUUAGUGUGACGGUAGAUGGCAGAAUAUGUCACAGUGAGAACAGCUCCAACACAUGGAUGUCAGAGUACACCCUGAUCUGUGAAGUACCAGUGACAGGGGACAACCUCCUGAUACGUCGCCAACCUACAGGACAAUCCCUGAAUUUGAGUCUCUGUGAAGUGGAAAUAUACGCUACUUCCACACCAACAACAUCCACAACAUUGUCUACAACAUCCGUGACUACCCCAUUGAUAGCAUCUUCGACAGUGAGUACAGUAUCGGGGGCCAGCAUAGAUAAGAGUACAACAUCCAUGCCAUCCACCCCAGUAAUAUCCACAAUUAUGUCCACUUCAAGAAACGUAUCCACAACAACAACCCCGAAAACAACAAAGACCACACCGACAACAACGACCACGUCCAUAACAACGACCCCACCCACAACAAGCAUCGUCCAUUCACCAAUUCCAACUGAGACAUCAGCGACGUCAUCUGCUGAACCAACCACGCCUCCAUCUUAUGCAGAUACAAGCACGACGAUAGCUGCAGUCGUAGGAGUGGUCGUGCUGCUGCUGAUAAUCAUAGUACUAGCAGUCGUUUGCAGAAAGCAGUUUAAGGAAAGAGAUAACCCCAAGGAUGCAGAAACAAAAGAGGCCGGCAGGAAUCAAGCGAUAGGGAUCGAUGAAGUCACCCAACCCAACUCCACGGUAUUUAAUCUUAAUGAGUUCCAAAGUAUGGAACUUCCUGCUUACCCGGAGGAAUAUCCUGCGUCUAUUACUGGAACCUCCCAGAGCCAUAUCCCGAGUGUUGUUGGUGUAAAAUAUCUCCCAAGCUACAUCAGAGAGAGGCUGGAUUCUAUUAUCAGUACAGAGUACAAGAUGAUGCCGACCGGUCUGAGAAGCACUCAUAAAUACGAGACGGCAACAAGGGAGGAGAAUAUGUACAAGAACCGCUACACUAACAUAUUACCAAAUGACGACUCACUGGUGCCUCUACGGAAGGAAGGUGGAGCGGAUUACAUCAACGCAUCCUACAUUCACGGUUUUAAAAGUCCGCGAAAAUUCAUAUCUACGCAAGGCCCUAUGAACUCGACAGUCGUGGACUUCUGGCGCAUGGUCUGGCAGGAAGGAUCCCGUGAGAUCGUCAUGGUCACCAAUCUAUUGGAACAAGGCGUGCACAAGUGUCACAUGUAUUGGCUACCAAAGGGAGAAAACGGGUGUUAUGGUAACAUCAACGUGACACAGGAGAAGACCAUACAACGUGCUUACUACACAGUCCGGAUCUUCUCGCUGCAUCACCGCAAAGACGACACUCGACGUGAGGUGACCCAGUAUCACUUCACCUCGUGGCCAGACCAUGGAGUUCCUACAGCGCCCUCUCUCGUCAGUUUCUGGAGACACGUCAAGACACGCAGUCAUCCAAAUGACGGACAAGCUGGACCAAUAAUUGUACACUGCAGUGCUGGAGUCGGUCGGACAGGGACCUACAUCGGUCUUGACAUUCUGAUGAAUGAGGCCCUGGCGGAGGAGAAAGUGAACUUCUUCAUGACCGUCAUCAACAUGAGAGAACACAGGCUGAACAUGGUCCAGACAAAGGGACAGUACAAAUUCCUCCACUGGGCUGUUCUUGAGGCACUCUUCUGCAGGGAAACGCCGGUGAUGGCCAGUGAACUCCCAUCUAUGUUGGAUGCAAACAACAUUGAAAUCCAGGAAGAAUAUCAGAAUUUGGAAGUGAUGAUGUCUCUCCAGGGAUACCAGAAGGCUGGAGCAAAGCCCGAUAUUUCACACACAGAUGGUGAUGACCUGUUUAAUUUCAACAUAUCAUCCCUGCCGUCGUAUUUCAGCAAGAAGGGCUUCGUCCACAUUGGGGUUGUUAAGGAACCUUCUCCCGAAGAAAUCUGGCAAACAGUAUGCAGGAACAAUGUUGCUACCAUCAUCACCAUCAACCAGAAUUCCUCUGAUGCCAUGCCAAAGGAUGUAGGAACGUCGUUGACAUUAGGAGAGUUUCACGUGACCUUGAACUCCAUUGAAACAGUUUCUGAAAGGGUAACUGAGAAGAGGCUAACCAUGAAAUCAGAGACAAUGCAAACAUUUUGGGACAGUGGAUCGGGCGUGACGUCUGUCACCAUCUUCAACCUCGACUCCCCAUCUUCAGAACGUUACUUCGACAAGGACUGUCUCCUGGUGCUCAUAGAAUUAUUGACUGAACGUCAACAGGUCACUGGGCGACACCCGGUUAUACUCCUGUGUCGGGACGAUCCGAGGAAGUGCAGCCUGUUUGCCGCAGCAGUCAAUGUGGUGACCAGCCUGAGACUGGACAAGGAAGUGGACAUCUACUUGACUGUCCGGGAGAUACAGUGUAGAAAUGGACACCCCGUUACCUCGCAGGAGGACUACAGAUUCCUGUACGAGUUAGCCAGUCAUCAGGUGCAGUCUACAAACUACUUCAUCACCAACUGAUUUUUGACGGGCACCACAGAUCUGUUUAUAAUGUUCACUCAAAGUCUCAGUGGUAUAUAUCGGUUUGACUUACUUUGUCAAAUGUACCGUGAUAUUGAUGUAAGAGCACACUCAUUUGUAUGAGACUUAUAUUUAUUUUCUGUAUUGAUAUUAUGACACAUUGUUUGUUGUUCAAACAUUCAGUAAACUGGUUACUGUUGGCUGACAUGAUACUUACAUAAUUGCAGAUUCAUCCGAUCCAACUAUUCAAUGAAAUACCUUCCUUCUGGACGUGAACGUAACAUUCUAAAUGCUGUAGAUUUGUGUUCAAACUACAUUAGAAACCUUUACCGAAGAUUCUGUAUUUAUACUCUCUCCAAAUAGCAUAUUAAAUCAAAAGCUUUUCGAGUUGAAGUUGCAUCUCAGUCAAAGUUAUGUUGUUUACUGAAAUGGUAUGUUGCUGUGUUUUGGAAUCAGUGUUGUUGUCCAUGUUGUUGAACUUACAUUGAAUUUGCCUUUGACCUAGUGAAGAAUUUGGUAGUUUUACCCGGCGAAUAAUAAGUGAUAGUUGUCAUAGUUAAAAUAUGCAUAAUAUAAUGAAUAUAGAUGUAAUGACAAAGCAGCCAUGAUAAUAUUUUUAUAGUUUUUAUCAAGGUAUAUCAAUGUUAUUUUAACAUUUUCAACAUUUUAUUUUCUCAAGCUAAUUCAUUUAAUGAAUCACUGUUCAACCACCAAUUUAUGUUACGCUGUUCUACAACUCAAGUUCUGUUUCUUUCACCCUAGCAAUAAAUGAUAACAUGUAUCCUAUAGUUCUUACAGACGUUAGACCAAUGAUGGGCGCCCGCCCUGAAAUAAAACUAUAUUUAUGGUCAAUUAUAAAACUACGGAAGCGUAGUAGGGCCACGGUGAAUUGUUUUGUCCAAGUAUCUCCUACGUAGGACUUAGUAUCUCCUACGUAGGACUUAAUAUCUUCUACGUAGGACUUACUA